UACUGCUUAGAUCAUAUUUUAAACCGUCUGAACGUCUUUUCCUUGGCAAAACAUUCCCUCCUUUCAGAAAGCACAGUGCCCUUUAACAGAGCCUUCAUCUGUUUAUUCAGCGUAGAUGAGUGCUGUAGUAAGAUUUAACCCUAAUCCACCUGCAUCUUGUUUUGAGUGAGUGGUUUUGAUAGCCACAAGUGCUCUGUGCUCCUGAUAGCUAAGAGUGUAUUGCUGCUGAGUUUUGCAACAUAACACUUGUGUCCAGGGGUGAUGACAGAUAACCAAGAGAUGAUACGCACCCAAAGUUUUCAGCUGAUAAAACACUGAGACAGAGGAGUUCUUCACAGGUGCAAAAGAAGCCAGGAAGGGAAUUAAAAGACAUGAGAAGUUGAAGAGAAAAUAGCAAGGGGUCAUGGGAUGUGGCAUGGGAAAAUCAAGUCUCCAGGAGAAGAAAUGCAGCAGAGUGAGCAUUUACUCGGUCCCAGCUGCCACAGCAAUUAGAGCGGCUCUGUUGAUCCAGCGUUGGUACCGGCAGUACGUGGCUCGGCUGGAGAUGAGACGCAGGUGCACGUGGAACAUUUUCCAGUCUAUUGAAUACGCAGGAGAACAAGACCAAAUAAAGCUGUACAGUUUCUUUGGCUUUUUGAUGGAUCACUUCACCCCAGCCAGUAGUGAAAGAAACCUAAUAUCUCACAUUUUUCACGAGAACGAGAUCUGCCGUGACACCGAGUGGGAAAGAUACUUUUGCUACAAGGACAUCGAGGUACCAGACAGCUACACUGGCCCCCAUCUGACCUUCCCCAUGACGUUCUGUGGGGUGUCCAAGCUGGUGGAGGCUUUUAAGCACAAACAACAGCUCCAUGCUCGAUAUGUUCUGCAGAUUCUUGGAGAAACUUGGAGACUUCUCAGAAUCCUUCCAAACAUCAACUACGUCUCUGUCUCCCAAACCAAAGAGAUCACAAUCUGUGGAGAUCUUCAUGGACAACUUGAAGAUCUGCUGCUGAUAUUUUAUAAGAAUGGUCUACCGUCCAGCGAGAAGCCAUACAUCUUCAAUGGAGACUUUGUUGAUCGUGGGAAGAGCUCUUUGGAGAUUUUGCUCAUCCUAUUUGGGUUUUUGCUUGUCUACCCAAAUGAUCUGCACUUGAACAGAGGAAAUCAUGAGGACCACAUCGUUAAUUUAAGAUAUGGUUUCACAAAGGAGAUUUUGGGAAAAUACAGGGUGCAUGGUAAAAAAAUACUAAAGCUUCUCCAAAAGAUAUUUAGCUGGCUUCCUUUAGCCACAGUGAUCAACGACAAAGUUCUGGUGGUUCAUGGUGGGAUAUCUAACUCAACUGACCUCUGUGUGGUCAGCAGAGUGGACAGACACCGAUAUGUGUCAGUCCUGAGGCCUCCUAAGACGGUCCAUCAAACCCUCAAUGGCAACAAGAAUGAAGAUGACAACGGACCAGCUGAGGGCCGGCGUAGAGUCCGCUCUCUAACUAACCACAGCUCUACCUUACCUCAGAGGAACAACCUUCCUCGCCGCUCGCUGCAAAACCCGUCCAUCAGCCAUCAGCUGAGUUCCUCUGUGGAGGAUGAGCUGAAGAGGCGGCGCAGGCUGGCGGGAUUUGACCAAACCUAUAAGAAUGGAAAUGAGUUGGACUCUGAUUCUGAUCCAGACUUUGCAGAGGCAUCAAAAGCAAAUGGACACGAUUGGAAACAGAUAGUGAACCUGUUGUGGAGUGAUCCCAUGCCCCAAAACGGAUGCAUUUCCAAUGAGGUGCGAGGUGGGGGCUGCUACUGGGGCCCUGAUGUUACAGAGGAGGUGCUGGGAAGACACAACCUGCAGCUUCUCAUCCGUUCCCACGAGUGCAAACAGGAUGGCUACGAGUUCUGCCACAACCGCAGGGUGCUCACAAUAUUUUCAGCCUCCAACUAUUAUGAAGUGGGCAGUAACAGAGGGGCUUACAUCAGAAUGGGAGCUGAUCUGGUUCCGCACCUCAUUCAGUACCAGGCCAGCAGGACGUGCAGAGAACUCACCCUGAGACAGAGUGUGGGUUGGACGGAGAGAUCAGCCCUGAGAGCUUUGAGAGAGCAGCUGUUUGUGCACAAAUCAGAUCUCAUCAGGGCUUACCAGGAGUUCGAUCCUCAUCAAACAGGGAAGAUCUCGAUGAGACACUGGGCGAGUGCUACAGAGAGCGUGCUGAAGCUGGGUUUGCCCUGGAGGGUGCUGCGCUCUCAGCUUGUCAGCAGAACCCACUAUGGCAUGGUGGAUUACCAGCAGUGGAUAAAGGAGUUGUCCAUCACUGAGCCCAAACUAGAGGUUUCAGACACCAGUAUCCUGGAAACCAUGUACAAAAACCACUCCAAUUUGGAAACCAUCUUCCGCAUCAUCGACACGGAUCACUCAGGUUUGAUCUCUUUGGAGGAGUUUCGUCAGACUUGGAAGCUCCUGAGUUCUCAUCUCAAGAUGGAGAUCAGCGACAAAGCAAUCGCCGACCUGGCUCACAGCAUCGACUUCAACAAGGACGGCAGCAUUGACAUCAACGAGUUCAUGGAGGCCUUCCGGUUGGUGGACCUGUCUGCACACAGCUGAACGCCUGAAACGGGAGCAGCACUGAACUGCAGACUGGAUUAUAAGGAUCCAUCUAUAGAACAUUAGUAGAUUAAGUAAGUGGAUCUGGUGUUAUCUAGAUGUUUUCUACCUCAAAGUUGUUAUUUUUUACCAUCUUUAUUUUUUUAAAAUCUCAUCUGAGUGAACAUUUGUUUUCUUAAUAAACAAGAAAUAAACCUUUUGUGUUCAAGCAAU